CCGCCUUCACUCUCCCUCCCCUCUCCCUGAUCUGAAUUUCCCCUUCCCUUUCCUCUUCUGCUUCCUUGAGCUGGGAGCUGCUUCAGCCAUGUCCUCCUUCUCCAGGUUCGAGGGUAGUAAAGGAGGAGGCGGGAGAUCCAUAUCGCUGGCUGCCUCCAGGGCCAAGCUCGCCGCGGCCACCGCCACAGCCAAGAAAGCUACUACGGCCGCCCGGGGCAAGGGCAAGGCCAAGGGCAAGGCGGCCAAGAAGGUCUUCUCCCUCACCGGCCAGAAGUUCGAAACACCAGAGGAGAGGGAGCCCCUCAGGAUCUUCUACGAAUCGCUCUCCAAGCAGAUCCCAUCCAGCGAGAUGGCCCAAUUCUGGUUAAUGGAGCAUGGGCUGCUAUCUCCGGAAAGAGCAAAGCAAGCCUACGACAGGAAGCUCAAACGGCAGCAGCAGAUCAAAUCAGGGACCCCGAUUAAGGCGUCCAAUUCCACCACCGUCACCAAAUUCAACAACAACAACAACAACAACAACAACAACAACAACAAACCUGCGGAGAGCUCGAAGAAACCGGCGGUUGUUCCUUCUUCCACAUCCCGAAGCAGCACGGAUCAUUCCGCCGCCAAGGCCAAGAGAAGAGUAGACUACAGCGACGACGACGACGACAAAGAAUUCAUUGUCAAGCUCAAGAGACCCAAUUUCAGCUCCAAUUCCAAAUCCAGGGGUGGCUGAACUCCUCCUCAACUUGAUGAAUGGGUCUGUCUGUUUGUUUCUUUCCGGCUAGCACAUAUCCUACUACAUGGAUCAAGCAAUACCGUCUCAGAUUCAGAUCACUAACUCAACUCUUUUUUACUUUUCACCCUACAAGUACAACAAUGAAUUGCCUCUUCUGACUACAUAUAUUUGUGUAUGUGUUGUGUAUUUGAGUUGAGAGAGAACAAAGACAUUACCUUUGUGUAAGCAAUGCCUAGUGAAAAUAAUGAAUGAAUAAAUAAACACAUUCAGUAAGUUCGUAUGAA